AUGGCCAACUACUCACAAAGACCAGGAUCUAAUACUGGAUCGAACUCAAGGUCUACAUACGAUGCCUUUUCUAUGCUUGCUACACCUCCAUCUUCGAAGCCCAGUUCGCGAACGCUCACUCCUAAUCCGUCACGUCCUCAGCAGUCCCAUCCAACAGGGUCAACAGGCCAAGGUGGCCACGAUGCAUUUAGCUCACUCUUAGGCGCGUCAUUCACAGCGCAGAGUAGUCAAGAGAAUCUAUCCCUAGCAGCUCGGCAAGCGGCCGCGCGGAAAGAGCAGCAAGCAAAGGUCACGAAAGCUGCCGAGUCUGGUCAAGUCGAAUCUACGGUCUGGAGUGGAUUGGAUGCGCUCGGUCAGGGAUCACUAAAGUCGUCUUCGAAAAAUUCUGGAGCUCAAGUUUCCAGCACAAAUGCUGAUGAUGACUGGCUGUUCGAUAAUGUAGCAAAAUCGACGACAACUUCGACCUCAAGACCUGCCAACCCUCCUAUCUCCACUCAUGUCGACGAUGACUGGGGCCUCUCAGAGUUUACUGAUAAGUCAAAAACGCACGAACCAGCACAAUCGAAUGCUGGUACUCAGGGGUCCCUAUUUGAUGCGUUCGAGGACGGAGACCUGCUGUCCGACUCUUUCAGCCAAAGCAGACCUCAACAUGCUCCAAGUAGUCAUACUGAGGAAGUAGAUGAUAUCCUCGGUGUACUUGGCAAGCCUGUUGCCUCUAAUUCCACUUCACCCCCGGAGCCGGCGACUCCGGUUGCAGUGACAGAGCGGGAAACCCGUGCACGGGCUGACUCUCCGCCACCUCAUCUCAUAGGACAAAUUGUCGAGAUGGGUUUUAGCCCUGAACAGGCACGGUUAGCACUUGCAUCCACGGAUACCGGCCUAGAUGUACAACAGGCACUUGAUACUCUCCUCUCAAAUGGUGUUGGCAGUGAUUUCAGUGAUGAGCCACCACCAGAACGACCUCGUAGAGGACUGGCUGACUAUCGGGAAGAAGAUGACCGAUGGGAAGAGCAUGGAGAGGAGGAUUCUCCUCCACGACGUCGCGUCGCUCGCCAGACGGCGUCUUCAUCUGUUCCUCCGAGUCGAGCUCAGAAACAAGCCAACUUAGCAAGUGGCGAUAUUCAAGCUCAAGCGGAUAAAUUACUCGCGCAAGCAAGCGAGAUUGGAUUGAACAUGUUCAAUCGCGCAAAUGCUCUCUGGAAAGACGGAAAAGAAAAGGUACAGAAGGCGUACGAAGAACGGGCAGCUGGGACGAAAAGCAGGCCUGUCAACGAUGGUCGACCAAGGUGGAUGUCAGACGCUCCUCCUGAUGAGGACGAGCGUGUGCAAAGGCGUGGUGCAUCAUCAAAAGGCGCUUCUCAUGGCGGUUUCGGCGAUAGUGACGACGAUGAUGUACAAGAACAGACUCCUGAAUCAAAAGCGCCUCGAACGAGUGCGAGAUCUGAUAGAAUUGCGGCGGAUCGCGCGCCUCAGGCAGCGAACCCACGAGUUGCGAAUCUCUUUGAUGCUGAGCCAUCUGCGUACAUAUCACCUUCCCGACGUCGUCCGGUUGUAUCUCGAUCGUCAUCACAGGCAGAGACUUCAACAGCUCCAACGCCGAGCUCUUCGAAUCAAAAGUCUCGAGCCUCGACACCUCUGCGGACUCGUCAAACAGUCACCGCCAGUGCCUCCGCCAUCGCAUCUUCAAACGCACACAAGGCAAAAGGGACAGAGCUCUAUAAGCUCGGACAGUUUGCGAAUGCAGAACAGGCAUAUUCAGCAGCCUUAGAUACCCUUCCAGCCAACCACCUUCUCCUUGUUCCUCUCUAUAAUAAUCGUGCUCAAUCGCGAUUAAAGAUAGGCGAGUAUUCUGGGGCGGUUGACGAUUGUACUGCUGUGCUCUCAAUCAUAGGCCUCGAUUAUCACCCCGCCCGAGAAGCAAAGGUCACGCGCGAGGAUGAAGGGACAUCUGUAGAUCUUGCUGAUGCUCUUCUAAAAGCGCUACGGCGACGCGCCGAAGCUUAUGAAGGACGCGAGAAGUGGGAACAAGCUCUCAAGGACUGGGAGGCUAUUACAGCAUGUGAUUGGUCUGCCAAAAUGCGUACUGACGCCUUUGCUGGAGCCUCGAGGUGUCGGAAGAUGUUGUCUCCGGAGAAAGAGCCUCCAGUCGCCUCUAAGUUUCCGGCGCCCCGGCCGGCCGCUCGACCUGCGGUUUCUGUUGCCGAGCAGGACUUCAAGGCAGUCGAGAACCUACGCCAAGCGAAUCGAGCUCAGGAGGAAGAGGAUGCCCUGAAAGCGAGCCUGAAAGACUCCGUCGACGCGCGCCUGAAUGUGUGGAAAGCGGGUAAAGAAACAAACGUACGUGCACUAGUCGCAAGCCUCGAGACAGUAUUAUGGCCGGAACUGGGAUGGCAGAAGGUUGGGCUGCACGAACUGGUUAGCCCGGGUCAGGUAAAAGUACGAUACAUGAAGGCUAUUGCUAAGCUUCAUCCCGAUAAGAUUAACUCUGGUAACACUACAGUCGAGCAGCGCAUGAUCGCAAAUGGCGUUUUUGCGGCGCUAAAUGAUGCUUGGCUAGCAUUCAAACAAUGA